CCAACUCCAACACCAAUUCCAACUCUCACGCACUCACUCACUCGCACAUCCAUAUCCACAAUCUAGUACUACCCUGGUCCGGAGCCCGCCACUGCCACUGCCACUGUCACCGUCACCGUCACCGUCACCAGAAUCGUCAUAUAGGGGCCCCCGUCCGUCGCCUCCGAAUCCGCGCUGGAGAAUCUGUUCGACCAUCGACAGACAUCAAUCCCGCCACAGACGACAAGCACUGCUCUCUGCCCGCAGCUCACCCGUGUCCUUGUUCUUCGUUUUUGCUUUUCCCCAGUUCAGCCCAUCCACAUUAUCACAACGUUGGGCACAUUUCCAUUACCACCUCCAUUUCCACCUCCAUCCCCAUCCCCAUCCCCACCCGUCAGCAGCAUGAUCUCCCUCACAAAACAGGGCGGCAACACCCACCAGCAGGCCGUCCCCCGGCCCCGCACCGACCGCGUGGUCCCCAAGCCCGUCCCGGAGGCCCAGUCCAAGGAUCCCCGCGGCUACCAGCUCGGUCAGCUGCGCAAGCGGUACUCGCCCCGUGAGUCCACCGCCGCCGACGGCACCACCACCACCCUGGUCUUCCGCAUCAAACCCUCGGACCCAGAUUUCCCCUUUGAGCUGGAGCACCUCGAGUGCGAACUCGCCGUGCCCGAGGACUAUCCCGAGGCCGUCCCCGUGCUGCGCGUGCGCAACAGCGAUAUCCCCCGCGGCUUCGGCAUCAACAUCGAGCGCGGGUGGGACAGGCUUGUCCGCGAACGCCAGGGCGCCACCUUGCUCUCCCUCACCUACGCCCUCGACAAGAACCUCGAGAGCUUUCUGUCCGAGCAGGAGGUGGCCACCGUCAAGCUUGUGAAUUUCAACAAGGACGCCAAGGACACCCGCCAUCUCGAACCCUCAACCUCGUCCGCAGCCAUAGCCGUAGCCGCCGGUGCGUCGUCUUCCGCUCCGUCGCCGGCUGCCCAGACCACCAGAGCACCGUCCCCGGCCCCGGCCGUCAGGCAUUAUACGCCCGAGGAGUACUUCACCAAGGAGGAGAUGGCGGCCGCCAAAGCCCGGCGCGCGCAGGAGACGCGCCAGCUCGAGACCCGCAUGGGACGCCUGUCCCUGUACCGCCGCUCGCCGGACGGCAUCGUCUACACCCUCCCCCUCGAGCCUCGCCGCCGCGCCGAGCUGCCAUCGGGUCUCCAGGGCGUCAAGACGGUGCAUCUCAUCGUGCCGCUGCUCUACCCGCUGCAGCCGCUGCGCAUCCAGCUCAACGAGUGCGAUUCGCAAGCCGCCGAGCCGCUCGAGGAGUUCUACGUGCAGAAGGCGGCCGAGCAGAAGCAGAUGACUCUCACAAGCCAUCUGAAUUAUCUGGCGCAGAACAUGCACGUCCUUGCAAAGCAGGCUCUAGCGCCGCCCAAACGCGACGUCCAGCCAGCAGACCCGGCGCCGGUUCCCGAAACGGAUGCAAAGGAAAAGGCAAAGGCCGCGGCUACGGCAGAUGACGGCCGGAGCCACAUCAAAUUCAUCCCGAGGCCCCCUGAAUGGGGCCGUGCUCGCGGCGCCGAAGGCGGCGAUACGUCGGACGACGACGACGACGACGACAGCAGCAGCAGCGGCCAGAACACGGAAGACGACUCGGACGAAGGCGGCGGCGCCGGCCUCGACGUUGAACCGCCCGGUCUCGCUUCGGGCCUCACCCCCGAAAGGGGCACGGCCAUCUCGUUCCCGACCAUCGAGCUCCACAGCAUCGAGCUCUUCCAGGUGUCCAUCCUCAACCUCAGCGUCAAGUGCUCGCGCUGCAAGACCAUCAAUGAGAUCACGGGGCUGCGGCACGAGGUGCCGCAGACGGCGAGCUGCCGCAAGUGCGCGGCCGGGUUUGCGGCGCAGUUCCGGCAGCAGCUCGUGCACGCCAACUCGACGCGCGCGGGCUUCGUGGACCUCACGGGCUGCACCGUCGCCGACAUGCUGCCCAGCACCUUCAUCCCCGUGUGCGCCAAGUGCUCGACGCCCAGCCAGGGCCUCGUCUCGGUUCGCGGCGACGCCACCACCAACGUCUGCCGCACCUGCCACGGCAGGUUCACCUUCAAGAUCCCCGCCGUCAAGUUCCUCGCCAUCUCGGCCGGCGGCCUCGCGGCGCCGACGACGGGCCCCGUCAAGAAGGCCGAGAAGCUGGGCCUGCACGCCGGCACCCCGCUGCCGGACCGCGGCGCCUGCGGCCACUACAAGAAGAGCUACCGCUGGUUCCGCUUCUCGUGCUGCGCGAGGGUGCACCCGUGCGACCGGUGCCACGACGAGGCCGAGAACCACGUCAACGAGUGGGCGAACCGCAUGGUGUGCGGCUGGUGCAGCCGCGAGCAGCGGUACUCGCCCGAGGCGUGCGGCUUCUGCGGCCGGAGCGUCAUCGGGCGCAAGGGCAAGGGCUUCUGGGAGGGCGGCAAGGGCACGCGGGACCGCAAGCUCAUGAGCCGCAAGGACCCGAGGAAGUUCAAGAGGGUGGGCGGCGGCGAGGCCUCGAAGAAGAAGGACUAGGAGACGGCAAUUGGAUGGAUGGAUGGAUGUAUGUAUGUAUUGAUGGUGGUUGUCGGGGUUCAGAUCAGAUAAGAGGUGUAACUCUAGAUGUUGCCAGGUUCCGCAUCACGAUGUCGGCCUUGUUUGAAAGACAUCACACCUGAGCCACACAUACAACACACACGCACACACACACGUCGUCCCCUGAGCGCCGUCGUGCCACCACAGUGCCACCACAAGGAACGAUACGCUAUCGAGGCGACUAUCUUGACUUACACCCUCAGUGUUGAGGAGGACUGUCCAACUACAUACACCCUCAGCAUAUCAUAGACGUGACAGUCAUCCUGCCAAGCGCUCGCCUCUCGGGCGGCAGACGGCCGGGCGGGAUUCGUUGUGCACCAUCGAAUUAUGCAGCGCCGGCUGAGGAUAAACCGUGAUAUGCCCUCCUAUUAUCUCCAAGUCCAUUGGGCGAUAAAUCCGUCCAUCCGUCACAUGAGGACUCCUGUAC